UGUUUGAACUGUGGCGUGACGCACACCCCGCUCUGGAGGAAGGGGCUGAACAACGAGCUCAAUUGCAACGCUGGUGGGCUGUACUGUCAGUCGGCCUAUCUUUCUCCUCGUUUACACCAUGUGACUAAUCGGCUCCAAUUCCUUCAUUUUUUCAUUUCGCCUGCUGUUACAGCGAAGUGCUAUAACUGCAACACGACCACUACGCCCCCGUGGAGGAAGGAUGAUGAGGGCAAAACUGUCUGCAAUGUCUGCGGUUUAUAUUUCAAGUUGCACAGAUCUCCCCGACUCAUCUCCAUGAAAUCCGAUGUCAUUCGUAAACGAUCCCGGCACGAAGCCCGCCGCGCCUCCAUCAGCAGUAGGAAUGCCCCCCAUACGCCCUCCGCCUCCCCGGGCACAUCCCGUCGCACUUCUCCCACCUCGGGUCAGGACGGAACGAACAAUUCCAACUCUCUCUCUCCCCAAUCCUCGCCCCCGAUUCGACCACGCAGAUGA